UGGUUUUACUCAGAUUGAUAGUCGCUUGAAGUACAACGUGCCAGAGUUUGAACGUCUUAAUAUUUAAUUUUUUUAUAAAAAUAUUUUAAAAUACUAAUUCGAAAUGUCAGAGGUUUGGAAGGGAAAAGCAUAUAAGAUGACCGAAUCGAAAAACUUCGAAAAUUAUUUAAAAGCAUUUGGUGUUGGAUUUAUUCCACGUAAACUGGCAAACUCAGUUACUCCCACAGUUGAACUGAAAAAAGAUGGUGAUCAAUACACUUUAGUGACGUCGUCGAAAUUUAGAACAAUGACCAUUUCAUUUAAACUGGGCGAGGAAUUCGUCGAGGAAUUUGCUGAUGGUCGCAAAAUAAAAAGCAUCAUCACUAUGGAUGGAAACAAAAUGAUCCAUAAACAACUUAGCGAUCCGCCAGCAACUAUCAUCCGUGAGUUCGAUGAAAAUGAUUUGGUAACCACAAUGACCGCUGGAGAUGUCGUUUGCGUCCGCAAAUAUGCCGUACAAAAAUAAAAUAUUUUCUAUUGUCGUUGUAAAUCCGGUCCUGUAAAUCAAUGAUACAAGUAUUCACAUAAAAAUUACAAAUAAAACAUACUUAUAUGACAUUUCUACAUAUAAA